GCUUGAUGUUUGUUGGUGGGGAUAGAUAGUCCAAAAACCAAUCGAGGCUCGCUACCUUGCAAACUACCAUCACCGAGAACCGACGUGGGGUUGAAACCUCAACUCUACACAAAUGGAACAUCAAGGAGCGAGCUCCAAGAGAGGAGAACGCUCUCAGGGGCGCAAUGUUUCUAACAUAGCUGCAGAAGAAGCUCUAAAUACCCCAUCCAGCGAAGAUGGCGACCGACACAUCACAGCGGACCGAUCGACUCUAGCCCAGAGCGCAGACGGAGACGACUCAUCGCCAGAGCUCUUCCACCGGGUCCAACACGACAGCUCGAUCCUCGCAUUGACGGUGUCCGACAAAUUCAUAUACGCCGGAACACAAGAUGGCGACAUUCUGGCGUGGUCGCUGGCCUCCUACGAGCUCGUCGCCCGGAUAAAAGCACACAAACGAGCUGUCCUCUGCCUCACUCUGUCGCAAGACGGCCAGCUCCUCUUCUCUGGCGCAGGAGACGCCAUUGUCAAUGCAUGGUGUCCCUACAGCUUGAAGCGCAAAUACCACAUCUACAGCACAUACGAUGUUGGCGACAUCUUCAGUGUGGCGUACUCGACCCAAUUCCAAACCAUAUAUCUCGGAGCACAGAACACAAGCAUUCAAUGGUGCAGCCUGAAAGAUUCGGAUUCCAGGCAGACGCCGAAUGAAGAGGGACACCCAGAUAAGCGGAACCACAGGUUCUUUGACUCCAAGCAGGCUGGAGCGAAAGCGCCAACUCGCUCUGCUUCGCCUGGGCGCUCUGCUCAGUUGGCAACUGGAGGCGAUAUUCUCGAGAUUGAUCAGGCGCAUAUGAAGCACUACGCACAUUUUGGAUAUGUGUACUGCAUGCUCAUGGUGCGUGGUGCUAGCAGGCUGAUCGAGGCGGAUGAGGACAUGCUUAUUUCUGGUGGGGGUGAUGGGUCGAUCAAGCUUUGGAAGCUCAGCGAUGAUCCAAAUGAUGUGAUUGAGGAAAUUGCUUGCCUCGGUGAAGAUGAUGCAGAGUCUGUAUUAUCCCUCGCCUUGGAUGGAUCGUUCCUGUACAGCGGAAAGCUUCGAGGCGUUAUUGAGCUGUGGGAUUUGGACACCAAGCAAAAGCUCCGUGUUAUCAAGGCCCACAAUGGUGAUGUGAUGGCUCUCCAGAUGGGCUGGGGUUUCCUAUUCAGUGCUGGGGCUACCGGGUUUUCCAGGAAAUACAGUACGGUGCAGUAUGGCCAGUACAAUCGGAGCUCUGAAAACUUCUCCCAGAAGUAUCAGUGCAUGAACCGCUGGAAGAGUCAUGAAGGCAAGGUUAUGGCAUCCGCGACAACUAACUACAACGGCCAGCGCUUCUACAUUACCGGUGCUAGCGAUAGCUCAGUAUCGAUUUGGAACUUCAGCGAAACCCACCCCAGGGCCAACAGUGUUGGGGAAUUCCAAGAAGACGUCCUCAUCAAGUCACUGCAGGAAUUCGUGUCUUACAAGACCAUUUCAUCCAGGCCGGAUCACGCUGAGGAUUGCCGCCGUGGUGCCACUUUCUUACGAAAGCUUUUCAAGAAGUACGGUGCGGAGACUGAGAUGCUGAACACUGAUAACCACCACAACCCGGUGGUUUUUGCAAGAUUCAGCGGUAAACAGGCCACAUCCGCCAAGCGCAAGAAGAUUCUGUUCUAUGGGCAUUACGAUGUUGUGGGUGCCGAUGAUAAGAAAGGGAAUUGGAUUAUCGACCCCUUCCAGAUGAAGGGUAUCAAUGGAUACCUGUAUGGUAGAGGGGUGUCUGAUAACAAGGGCCCUAUAAUGGCGGCAUUAUACGCCGUUGUCGACUGCAAAAACGAAGGGUUACUUGACUCGGAUGUUGUGUUCCUUAUCGAAGGUGAAGAGGAAUCUGGGUCAAGAGGGUUCAUGGAGGCGGUCAAGCGCAACAAGGAGCUCAUUGGAGACAUUGACUACAUCUUGCUUGCGAACAGUUACUGGCUCGAUGACGACGUUCCCUGCUUGACAUAUGGUCUCAGAGGUGUCCUCCACGCCACCAUCAGCGUUGACAGCAACCACCCUGAUGUCCACAGUGGUGUUGAUGGAAGUUUCAUGAUGGACGAGCCGCUCUUCGAUUUGACGUCGAUCCUCUCAGAAUUGAAGGGCCGCCAUAACCACAUCAAAAUCCCAGGAUUCUACGAUAACAUCCUACCAGUGACGGAAGCCGAAGAAGCCCGCUACGACGAUAUUACCGACACCCUAAUCCGCCGCAACCCCGAGCUAGGACCAGCCUCGGCGCUCAAGGCAUCGCUAAUGGCCAGAUGGCGCCAGCCCAACCUAACAGUCCACCGCUACAAAGUCUCCGGCCCCGAAGGUUCCCUCGUAUCUUGCCACGCCAGCGCCGCCAUCUCCCUGCGCCUGGUGCCAAACCAAGAAGUAGAAGAUGUCAUCGAGUCACUCAAGACUUACCUCAACGCCGCCUUCCAAGAGCUAGACACCCACAACCACCUCACGAUCACCAUCGACAACCAGGCCGAACCUUGGCUCGGUAACCCCGAUAACGCCAUCUUCCAGACCCUCGAAAAGGCAAUCAUGGAAGUCUGGGGUCCCAUCGAUCCUCCCACUCGCCUCGCUCCCCGGAAGGACGCCCCAAAACCACAGAACGCCUUACCAGCCAGCCCAAGCCUCAAACCCACGCCCGCAACCGCCAACCUCCUCACCAACGGCAGCGAUCACACCUCUCUCGCUAACAUGCGCGAGCCUGCCCUCCCCGUUGAUGGUGAUGAGGCACCAAAGGGAAGGAAGCCCCUGUAUAUCAGGGAGGGAGGCAGUAUUCCCAGCAUCCGCUUUUUGGAGAAGGAGUUCGGAGCACCCGCGGCGCAUCUGCCGUGCGGGCAGGCGAGUGAUAGCGCGCAUUUGGAUAAUGAGCGGUUGAGGUUGACGAAUCUGUUUAAGAGUCGGGAGAUCUUUAGGAAGGUGUUUGUCGAGCUGCCUAAGAAAUAAAGAUGGGAGGAAGGGGUAGGACAUUUGUUUGGAUUUCUUUAGGGGCUUUGUUUAGUGUGCAAGGCGGGUGGGGGUCUUUGUGUUCCACCGGGUCUGGUGUGGCGCUUUUAGAUAGGGCUUUGUGGUUGGAUCUGGAUAUGCCGUUUGGAGUUUUCAGGCUGGCGGACUUGUUUUCAGCGGGUAGGGCCGGUGGGGUGUAUGUUCUCGGGUUAAUGUAAUAUUAGAUUGGCAGGGUAUUGUAGGUGGCUCAAUCUCAAUGGAAAAAGGAACAAUGAAACCUUGC